CACCAGUGACACUCGUACCAGUUGUGGGAGUAAAAACCACUUCAUGUGAGUGAUGAUGCUGAUCGGAAGAUGGACAAGACAAGAGAUGUCUUCGAAGGUGGAAACUAGAUGUACAAGACUGGUUUUGGAUGUGACCUGGAACGUUUAGCAGAACUUUGAAGCAGGUGUUGCCAUGGAGUUACUGGAACUUGCACGCCACCUGAAGCAAGAGCAAUUGUUUGUAACAUCAGAGCGCUCUCAGCUGCAGAAGCUUUUUGAUGAAGUUAAGAGGGUAGCUGAGGAACUUUACCAUGAAUCGUGGGUGACACGGGAACAGAAGGCAUGUCUUGACAGUCUCAUCUUUUCUCCUCAGAAUCUGGCACCCAAAGAGUGUUGUCGUAGGGCCAAUCUCUUACAGUGGACAAACUUUGUAGACAGUUACAAACAUCUUAGUUAUCAUGAUUCCAAAUAUGGAGAAUUUCUUAAAUUCUUACGGGAAAAUUCAACUCUUUUGGCACACUGUAUAGAGACAGGGGAGAAAUCAAGCAAUGAGUACACACAAAAAGUGGUACCACUGCUGGUGUCGUCAGUGUGUGGGAAUUGUCUUCUGUUGGAGGAUGAGCAGAUAGCCCUCCAAAUGAUGACUACAUUAGCAGAACUUCAGCUGGCCACAAAUGAUGACCCUCGACGGCUACUUAGGAAGGGUUCUUGUGCUUUUAGUGUUAUGUAUAAGCUGGUGUUAGAUUCUUUGUUUUCAACCAAAUUGUUUCUUACGGCUGCACUUCAUGAUCCAGUAAUGCGUUUGUUGAUGGAGGAUGAAUGGUUUUAUGAUAUAGAUCCACAAAAAGCUCUUGUACGGUUUCACCCACAGGAACGUAUGAGGAGAUUUGGUGAACCAGGUACUGAGGAUCAUGUAAAAAAGUUUCAAGAAUACAGGACAUUUAUCGUGGACAAACUAGUAGUACUAGCAAAUAGAUUUAUAAAUUCACUCAAAAACAACAUCCAUUGUUUUCCAGCAGGACUGGGUUGGCUAGUAUCACAGAUUUACCAUAUUCUAACUAAGGCAAGUAAGCUGUCAAGAGAAAAGGUGCAGGCAGUUUGUGCUGACCUUGUUUUUUCUCUGUUCAUAUGUCCUGCUAUAUGUGACCCGGAUCCCCAUGGUAUCACCUCAGAUAUACACAUCAGCCAUAUUGCAAGACACAACUUGAUGCAAAUUGCACAGAUUGUACAGGUUCUGGCCGUGUCGCAGUGGGAGGAAGACUCAAGAGUCACAGACCUCUAUGAGAGAUUUGACAAGGGUUGUGUGUCAGGACUUCUAGAUGCAUUAAUACAUGGUAUAGGUACAGAACUGCCAGGAACGGGGGCGGGGCUUGGCCACACCCAUAAUCUGACCCGCUCCUCCGUACUCAUCACCUUACCACAGCUUAACAUGGUGGUAGGAUUUCUACGCUCAGUGCUGCCUAUAGUGGAUGAGAGUGUGGCUGAACGUAAACAGCUGGAGGACUUGCUUCAGGGUCUACCCUCAAACCUCAAUACUAGUGCCACCAGUCUUCUAAAUACACCCUCUCAGACCCCACCAGGCACACCAUCCAGUCAGAAAAAACUCUUCAAAGGUCCCAAGAAGAAGCUGGCUCUCACCCCAGGCACUAAUAGCAAUGAAGACGCUACAUCACCUCAGCCAGGGGACUCGGACUCUUCAGCAGGAAAGGAUGCAGAGGAUGUAUUGAUUCUCUCCCUUGGAACAGAUAUAGACUGUCCAGGAAUGUUGACAGAAAACAAAGUGUUGUCAUGGGAACAAGAGAACAAACGCAGAAAAGUCAAGUAUCAAACACCAGCCAGUCUGUUUACUGGAGAUGGUCCUCCGGUAGAAAUCCAUGAAAAACGCACCCGUUUCUCCCUUUCUCAAGAUCAGGAAUCUAUAGGAAACACCAGUGAUAUCCAAGAAGCUAUAUCAGAAGCUGCAUCCAGUCAUUCAGUUGGUUCAGUGGAAAAUGAUGAUGACAAUGAUAACUUCUCUGACAUGAUCUCAGCUAAUGUGAGUGGGCGUGGCACCCCUAAUAUCAGUGGGCGGGAUACACCCCUCUCCCAGGCAGAGAGUGAACAGGAACAGGAACCCCCACCUCCUGCCUUACCAGAGACUGUGCAGAAGUCAAACAGGGUGGAUGUUACUGAUAGAUUUGGAAAGUUUGAAUUAGAGCGAGAUGAGACUAAGUCUACAGUUAGUGAUACAUGGAGUACAGAUGUCCUUGCUAGUGACUCAGAGCCUCCAGAACAAAACCAGUUUGAUCGACUUGAGGAGAUUCGGGAAGAGAUGGUACGACAGAGUCUACUUGCCAGGAAUGAUAUUGUGUCAGAAGUGUCGGAGACUGCCAGUGAUGCUUGGAGUACUGAUGUUCUCGGUAGUGACACAGAAGAAAAGCAGGCAGAAAUACUCUCAGAAUUUGAUCAGGAUGAUGUUGGCAGUGUGACAGACCUAGCUUCUAUCUCGGGAGAGCAGAGUUUACCAGAGAUACAUGACAGUGUUGGAAAUGAAGAUACACCUCUAGCCUCUGGUCAUCAGAGUCCUACUGAGGAGCAGCACUUGGAGCCUGUAGGUGCUGUGGGUGGGGCCUCAUCUGUUGCUAACUACACCCCUAGCACCCAGCCCCGUCCCAGGGGAAAAAAGAACCCUUUUGCUAAAUCAAACAGUACACCUUCGGACAGUGUGUUUGAGGAUAAUGACCCUAGUAUUCCAGCCAUGCCCUUGAGACUGAGCACCAGUUCACACUUUGACCACAAUAAACUGAAUGUUCCUGUCAAACAAGGCCGGGGCCACUCAUCUAAAUUGUCUCAUUCUAAACAGUCCAACUACCUUUCUGUACCAGACUCCAAGUCCUCUGGUCACUCAUCUGACCGGGCUUACUCUGCUAGUGUAGUUGACUCGCUCUCCUUCAGGAAUCCAAUGUAUAAUGGUGCCAAACCCAAGGACAAACAGAGAGCCACGUUUGCUGGGUUUGGAUCUUCACAACAGCAACAACAGACUGGUCUAGACCUGACUGGGUUUGCUCCUGUCAAACCAUCACAAAAACAUAAACAAGUUUUGUCAUGGGCUGGUCCUGUUUCUGAUCAGGCACCAUUUGCUGCAAAUAACACAGGGUCACUAAGUUCAAACAAUAGUCAGACAGAUUUGGACAUACUCACAGAACAAACAAGAAAUGUGAAGCUGUCAGAACAACAAAAUACAACAAUGGUGGAUACACGCAGACUGUCUGCUGCAUUGAGUAUGUUUGAUCCUGUGGUAGGUGGUGAUUCUGGGGAUUUACUGGAUGAUGUGAGUCACUGUAGUGCUUCCUCUAAGGAAAUGAUUGGCACACUCUCAAGUAUCAAUAAUGACAAUAAAAAAAUGGACACAGAACCGCUCAUUCAGUUUGCUGAUCAAAGCGAAGCUGCCUCAUCCCAAUCAGCUAAUAAAGAUGUAAAGAUCCCAGUGCCCAGGCGAAUAUCUAAUACUGGAGUUCCUGAAAUUCUCUCACCCUCCUCCAGUAGUGGUGUUGGUAUCCCAGUGAAUGGUAACGAGUCAGAGGAGGGCAUGAUAGAGAAGAGACGAGGCAGUGUGACAAGUUCUCACUCUUCUGGGUCAGAAAACACUAGUGACGGUGCUCCAUUUACCAAGUCCUCUCGCUCUGCCAGCUUUGACAACAUGUCACAGAGGUCAGAGGAAAAGGAAAAUGGAGAUGAGGAUCAAGAUGAUAAAAGUCCUGACAAGAAAAAAGGGUUUUUCAAAUCUUUUAAAGAAAAAAUUAACAAAGUGCGCUCUGUGUAUGGUGUGGAAGGUAUUAAGAGAAAAGGCAACAAGCAUGAGUUAUCCCGGGAUGAUCCUAAUGACUUGAACAGUUCAGUGGUCAGUAAUGGACAUGGUGAUGGGUCAAAGUCUUCACUUGAGAACAGCUACAAGGAUGAAAGCACAGAUGACAUAUUGGCUAAAUACAGAAAAAAACCUCAAGGGAUUUUGUCAUCCCAGAGUACUGAGUCUGGUGGUGCUGCUGGGAGCUCAGUAGAUGGUGUUCCUGCUACUGUGGCAUUCAGCAACAACCCUAUCAAGGAAAAAAGAUUCUCUAUCCGAGAUGAGGAUAUGACAGAUUCACCUCACUAUGAUCCAAACAAUUUGGAAAACUGCUUUGCAUUCAUUGAUGCCAAACGUAAGCUUCGGAUUGUGCUGAGUUCUGCUGAGUUCCAGGUGGGUUACACCCCCUUGGACCUGACCUAUGGAGGUGUGGCGGGGUCACUGCGAGAAAACAACAGCAGGACAGAUAAUGAGUUAGUGAGACUGCUUCGUGCCCAGCUGGCUGAGGCAAUAAGCCUUCAGAACAAGGACCUGAUAGCACAGCUUCAUGAGGCAAUCCGAUGUGUUCGCAUGUUUGACAGUGAUGGUCUGAAGAAGCUGGUGCGGGCCCUACAAGAUGAAUACCACAGUCGGUCAGCCUAUGUGUCUUACCUGAUCCGUUGUAGACAGGGCCUGCUCUCUACACUCUCUCAUGUCACGCGACUUCUCAACAGGGUCAGCAGGUACAAGGAAGUGUGUAGUCGGCACCUUACAAGUGUACUUGUCCACAUGUUUAUUGAGAAGAAGGAAACCAGUGUCGUAAAAUUUAUAUCGGACUUCCAAAAGUUGAGUGUACCGGAUGAAAAGACUGACUUUGUGGAACAUUUUCUGCAGUACCUUUACCAGAACAUGAACCAGGAUCAGAUAUGGCAAGCUUCAAAUGACAGUCAGAUGGAGGAUGCACGUGUGGUUAUAGAACGCUACAUCAUGAGCCGUAUCUACACUCACGCCAUGUUUCCUAAUGGCGACGGGGACAUCAUGCGGGACCAAAUUCUGCACAAACAUAUCAAGCUGUUGAGCCAGGUGAUCACACCGACCCACAAGGACUUGGGUAUUCCAAGGAUGUAUCACUUUGAAUGUCCCUGGACAGCAGCCCAGAGGGAAAUCUACAUGUUAAAUGCGUAUAAGACACCAAAAGACAAGCUGCAAUGUGUACAAAGGUGUGCUGCCACCAUUAUGAACUUGUUAAGUAUGGCUAACGAGAAGUCCGUUCCUGCAGCUGAUGACUUCAUGCCUGUGAUGAUAUAUGUUGUGAUCAAGGCCAACCCCCUAUGUUUGCUGUCUACAAUACAAUUUGUCAACAGCUUCUAUGGGGACCGGCUGUCUGGUGAGGAGCAGUAUUGGUGGAUGCAGUUUUCGUCAGCUGUUGAAUUCAUAAAAAACAUGGAAUACUCAUCGGAAUGAUUUUACAUUUAAUGUCUUUACUGUUGAAGAGUUCAUCAUCACAUAUCCUUUAGACCAUGCAUGAUCUGUGAUCACCUCUCAACUGAUACACAUCCCUGGUGAUUAUCGUUAAUAUUAAUGUAUAUCGGAACCAGCUUUGUUAUGCACCAGCUUUAGUUCAGGAAUCCUUUUUCUUUAGAUUUCAUGUAAGAUAUCUGAUUUGUUUCAUUAUCAUCUGAAUGCUAACGUUCAUUAUAGACAUUUUAAUUUUGCAGGGAAGAUGAUAUUUGUAUUAAAGGACUAGUGCUGCUUUAAAUGCACUUUCGUUAUGUGUUUACCAUAAUGUGACAAAAGAAUAGUUUAGGUUGUUGUUUGAAAAGUUGAGAAAUCAUGCAUUUUGUUGAGAUUUUAUAGGUAAGUUAGUAUCAGGCAUCUUGAAUGAUAUCCUUUUCUAAUAUAAUAGAAAGGUUUGCUAUGGUUAAGUUGUAAACACAAGACCUUGUUCAAAUUAUUUUCAAAGAUAUCUCACUUUGAUUUGCCAUCCCUAUGCAGACAGUCAUGCCCUGUUAUUUUCUAUGUAGGAAAGAAACAAAAUUUCAGCAUUACAGUCCAUAUUGUAGUGCUAUUUUAAAACUGUUCAGAAAUAUUUUGUGUAUUAAUAUUUUGUUAGCUCAUCUGGUCCAAGGGUCCGAUGACCAUGGUUAAGUAGGUAGUAGAUGAUAAAAUAUUUUGUAAUGUUCCCCUUAACAAAACCCAUGUAGUCAGUAGACACUUUUAUUAAUAACAAACGAGCCAAAACUGUUCAAAUUUUGUUGUGUAAUAUUUUAUUUUAUCUAUAUGUGCACAUUAUUGAAAUCAUCACAAAAAUGAAUUUCCAAUUUACAAAUUACAACAAAUUUUUCACAAAGUGUUUAAAACAGAAACACUGUAAAUGUAUAAUUUAGUUAUUUGAAAAGUACAAAGUGCUCAAAUAUUUCUAGCUUUAAUGAUAAGUGUAAGUUAAAUGGUCUUUAGAUUCCUGCUUGAUGAAGUGUCAAGUCUGAAACAUGGGUCACUUGGUUAUCAGUAUUACAAUGGUGUCACUACAUGUACUUGUUUGUAAAUAGCUUUUGUUUACCCAGGAAUAUUUUUUAUACAUCAUGUUUUAAAUCAUCAAUAUAUGAUUUCCUUGGGUUUCACCUGUGUUUAUAUUCUACAAUAAGGACUGGAAGUGUAAUUAUAUUUAAUUUAUGUGCAUUAUUUACAAUUCAUAAAUACAUACAUAUAUGACGUCAUAUCCACUUUGAUAUUUACAAAAUUUGCAUUGUAUUUAAUAAUUGAAUUAUACUCAAUGUGUUUAUGAAGUGCUUUGUUGAAGGUUGGAAGGUUUGUGAUAAGAUAUCUCAAUGCAUUCUUUAUUUCCUCUAUAGAUUGAUAUAUUGUGAUUUGUUUUUUAUUGACAUAACCAUAAUUGUGCUAAAUCAUACAGUACCCUUUGCCUAGAUUUGGUGAUUGAUAUGUUAUUUUCUUGACAAACAUUUAAUCAUAAUAAGUGUUUGGUAUUGGAAAAACAGUGAAUGCACUAUGGGGUAUUGAUUGUAGCUAGCAAUACUGUACAAUAAAAUGAUAUGAUUUUAGAGAAAUUAAUUUUUUCACAUUGGACAUUGGUCCUGCCUAGUCAUAAUUUUAACAUUGCCAUAUUAAUUUACCACUUCGUACCAGAUAUCAACAGUUGAAAUAAAAAUUAUAAAUAUGUUCAGUAUUGAAAUAUGUGUAGACAUCAGUUUCCUGAAGUUACUGUCAGUGAUAGCUCUGAUAUUAUUGCAAUAAAUAUUAUGCAUUUCACUCCAGAAAACUACUUACAGUAAAACAGGUUUAUCUGGACACUUUUCUUUUAAUUAUUCAAGCGAUGUCAUAUUUUGUUUCCUGGAUGGAAGACAGUUGUUUAGACAGUUGUUUUGAGUUAACCAAAUUCUCUUGAAAAAUUAUGAUUUGGAUUGUAAGAAAAUUAUCUUAAGAUAUACUAAUUCAUAUAAUAUGCUGGAGGUUUGCUACACUGGCAAAUUGCAGAAUAGAUAUACUGAGAUGCUUUUAUUAACAAUUUGCAAGAUACAGUACUAUUUGUUUAUUACUUUAGCCAAAUGAACCAGUCGUCAAGCAUUUAAAUGUGUCUUGAUAAGAAAUAUGUUUGGAUAGGACAGAUUUUUUAUUUUCACAUGUUAUUUUUUCAUAUUACCAGGCAUGGUCUCUUUCUUCAAUAUUAUGUGGAAUUCAAUGAAUGAAAAAUAACACAAAAGUAUUUAUAUGUUAUUUGGAUAUGUCUAGGAAAAAAUAGACUAGAUUAGGUUAGAUAUUUCUUGUAUGAAUAAAAAAUAGGAAGGGAACUGAAUUUGUAGACCUAUUCCACCUUUAUACAUAGAUAGCGCUGCCACUUACCUCAUAUAUUCUAUGAUAAACUUAAGGAUCGAUUAGCUCAAAUAAUAGAAAUGUAGAUAUAAGGCAUUACUUAAUACCAUGUGGAUAGUUGUGCUAAGGUUAAGUGAAAUUUGUUUAAAGACCCGAUAUAAAAAAUAAAAAAAAUUAAUUAUAACAUCACCACGAAGUGAAAAGGAUAGUAUAUUUUGAUAUUAAAACAUUUUAAAUAGUUUCAAUGUUGUGAUAUUUUUCUGUGGAUGUAAAAAAUAAGUCUUUACCUUAUUUAUAUUGUUUACACUAAAUAUUCAUCAGAAAAAUAAUAUUCAAGAAUAGCAUUAUUUCAUGUUGUCAAUAUUUAUAAAGAACUGGUUUUAAUAUAGUUAUUAAAGUGGAAUAGGCAAAAUGUAAUAGUCUAUUUUUUCUGAUAUUUCAAAGAGCUAUAAUUUCAAAAAUAUGUUUGAACUGCAAUAAAAAUAUCAUGACUAUACCUUAAAGUGUGCUCGAGUUUGUGUAAGGCCGUCUUGAGCAGUAAUUCUCGGAAAAAAAUGUAUUUAUUUUGUACCUAACAGCCGCCCAUGCUUGUUCAUUGUGCCAAUUCCAAGGUACCAGAAUAGCUACUGCAAAAUGCUAGCUGCCUACAAAUGUAAUUAAAAGAAAGAAAAUUCCCAGAAAUCUCAACAAAACCCGAGGUCUUUAUUAAUUUCUUGCCUUGUUUAGGGAAUUCUGUUAAUAUUUUCAGUCUGCCAUGUAGAAUAUCACUACAUUCCAAGUAAUUGAUCACAUGCACAGGUUUUCAUCCAAAUUUCAUAUUUUUUUCGUAAUGGUUCAUAUAUUCUUCAUUUGAGUAUAUAGACGUUUGAUUCACUUGUUCAUGGCUGUGGGCUACCUUAAUCGUCCACUUGAAUUGUACUUGCUCAGAAACUUGCACCAAAGACUGCUCACAAUGUUUUAAACCUGCAUGUAGUAUCUCAAAUGAUAAGAUGGUAGAUAGCUUUUUUUACUAUAAUAAAACAACACCCUAAGUAUCAGAUGUGAAAUGAUCAGACGUUACUCAACUAUUUAACCAGACGAUGUAUCCAUAGAAUUAAUUACAAGGCCUUUUCUUUAUUUUAUUGCAUCAUCAUAGGGACUUGACACAAAUUCCUAAACCACAGUACAUAUAUGGACCAUGGGUUGGGCAUCUAAGCAAAUUCUUUGUAUAUCAUGCAACAUGUUCAUGCUUAUCUACCUAUAUACACAGUAUGUUGACGAAUCACAAAAUAUUUAUCAGUUAUUGACAGUGAAUGCCUUGAUAAACAGUGUUAUUGCUCAGUAUCACAUUGACAAUGUAUAGAAUUAACUUCACAAGGGAGACUGCUGUUGUUCUGGAAUUUGAGUUGUAUCUAGGUUGGUAGAAUCUGUUUAGUUAAUGGUUGGCUGAAUCACACUUUCAGUGAACCAUACUCAGCUGUAUAGAGGAAAGUUAUAUAAAAUGUAAAAUAUUGGGAACUAUGAUAUAUAUAAUGUGGUGGAAGCAUAAAAAGGUCAAUUAUAAUGACUAUAACUAUUUCUAAAUGAGCUAUUCAAAACUUGUAUGUCAAAAUAUGUCGACAACACUUGCAAAGUGUACAGUAUGUGAGAAAUGAGUUUAUUUAUAUGCAAGUUAUAUAUGUUUUAAUAGAAUUUCAGAUGCUGUAAUCGUUUCCUUCAUAAAGAUGUGUUUUUAAAAUAAACGUUUAUUGCAAGAUGAGAUAUAAAAUUAAAAAAAAAAACAUAUUACAGUGAUAUUCUGAAUUGUAUACAUAUAUAAUCUGCACACCUUUCUUGUACAUUUGUUUUGUUGAUGAUUCUAGACCCACGCGUUCCUGGGUCACAUGCCAUAACAUAUACUCCAAAUUAUACAUUGGAAACUUAAGGUGUUCGUCGUACCAUUGCCUGUUGUAGCUUGCAUGUGUGUUACUGAUUGAGGAAUUGUUGAGAAUAGCAAAUGAUAGCAGCAUUGUUUCAGGAGGAUUAUUGUUAUCGAAGAAAAGUCAUUGUUGCUCGUUGGAAAUAAAGGCAGUUUGAAAUUUGA